AGUCCGGGCCGGGCCCGAGCCGGAGCGAAGCCGGCGGCCGCGCCUCCCCGCUGUCCCCGCUGUCCCCGCCCGGAGUCCGGCGCCGUCGCCCCGCCGCCCCCGCCGGCCGCGCGCUGACGCGGGCAUGAGCCUGGCCAUCCGCGCAGUGGACCCAGCGCCCCCGGGCCGGGCCGCGGCGCCCAGGUGCCGGGCAGGGGCGGUGCGGGGACAAUGCUGAGCUGACGGCCGCCCCGACGGUGGGACCCGGACCGACGGGAUCGCGAACAGGUGAUCGGAGGCGCCGGAAGCCCGGGCUGCCACUGCCACCGCCGCCGCCGCUGCCGCUGUCGCCGCUGCCGCCGCCGCCGCCGCCUCCAGUGGGCGUCCUCCGUCCCCGCGCGCCCCUCGCCCAGGCCGGGCGCCCCCAGCCUCCGGGGAGCGCCGCCGACCAUGGCGACCAAUUUCAACGACAUCGUCAAGCAGGGCUACGUGCGGAUGAAGAGCAGGAAGCUGGGGAUCUACCGGAGGUGCUGGCUGGUGUUCCGGAAGUCCUCCAGCAAGGGGCCCCAGCGGCUGGAGAAGUAUCCAGAUGAGAAGUCAGUGUGCCUCCGAGGCUGCCCCAAGGUGACGGAGAUCAGCAAUGUCAAGUGUGUCACCCGGCUCCCCAAGGAGACCAAGAGGCAGGCGGUGGCCAUCAUAUUCACCGACGACUCCGCCCGGACCUUCACCUGCGACUCAGAGCUGGAGGCCGAGGAGUGGUACAAGACCCUGUCCGUGGAGUGUCUGGGGUCGAGGCUCAACGACAUCAGCCUGGGGGAGCCGGACCUGCUGGCCCCAGGGGUGCAGUGCGAACAGACAGAUCGCUUCAAUGUCUUCCUGCUGCCCUGCCCCAACCUGGACGUGUACGGCGAGUGCAAGCUGCAGAUCACGCACGAGAACAUCUACCUCUGGGACAUCCACAACCCCCGCGUGAAGCUCGUCUCGUGGCCGCUCUGCUCGCUGCGCCGCUACGGCCGGGACGCCACCCGCUUCACCUUCGAGGCGGGCCGGAUGUGCGACGCGGGGGAAGGACUGUACACCUUCCAGACGCAGGAGGGGGAGCAGAUCUACCAGCGGGUGCACGGGGCCACGCUGGCCAUCGCCGAGCAGCACCGGCGGGUCCUGCUGGAGAUGGAGAAGAACGUGCGGCUGCUGAACAAGGGCACGGAGCACUACUCCUACCCCUGCACGCCCACCACCAUGCUCCCCCGCAGCGCCUACUGGCACCACAUCACCGGCUCCCAGAACAUCAGCGAGACCGCCAGCUGUGCCGGUGAGGGCUACCCCGGGACCGCCCAGGCCAGCUCGGAGACAGACCUCCUCGACAGAUUCAUCCUGUUGAAGCCAAAGGCCAGCCCGGGGGACGGCAGCGAGGCCCAGGCCCCGGCCCCGUGACCGCGGGGGCUGCCAGUGACGGACUGUGGACGGCCCCGGGGGGCUGGCGCCGAGAGCCCGGAGAAGGGGAGCAGGCCUGUCCCUUCCUCGCCCCCGAGAGUGAGGCUGGACCAAGGCCAAGGGCUGGCCCUGCCGCCCGAGCAUGAGGGGCUGGAGCUGCCGUGGGGCUCUACUGUUCAUGAUUUAAUAUAUACAGCUAUGAUAUAUUCUCUAUUAAUGAACCCCCCUUCCUCCCCCCACAAACCGCUCUUCCAGUCCCGGGACCAGGCCGGAGUCCGGGCUGUACUGGAACGGAGGGGACCCUUCUUUCCCUGCCCUCCGUGGCCCCGUCCACCUGCCGCCUGGCCUGAGGAGUGCGACAAUCGGAACUCGAGGCUGCCCCCCCCCACGGUCGGUCCCCAAGCAGGCUGGUGGCCGCGGCAGCGAGGCGGCUUCUUGGUCCCGGGCCUGGCGUGGCACAGGAAGGAUCCGAACUUACACCGCGCCACCUGGCAGCCUUGCGCUCGGGAGUUUCAAGCAGAGGUGCCACCGGGCUGGUACCUCAGGGGAAAAACCUCGGGUUUUAAAAAUGUCUUUUCUGCCCGGGCCCCUUCCUGCGUGGCAGGCGGAGAGGCCCCGGCGGAGGGCUGCUGCUGGCCGCAGGCCCUCCGAGCUCUUCCCUGCACGGGGCAGGCUGUGGCGGGCAGGGCGGGGCGGGGCGUCUGGCCCACCUCCCGCCAGCCGCGAGCACUCCGGACCCUCCGCGUGCUCCCCCACGGUGCUGAGGCUCACUGCUGAAAUGCAAUUAAAGCAAUUGAUUUUCUAGUGCUGGUAUUUACUGACUACCGUGCAGAAGGGCUAUCUUUCUAUCACAUCAGACCUUUGGUUGCGUGUUUUUUGUUUUAUUUUUUACUACUUUAGGGUUCUGAUUUGUGGGAGCAAACCUUGUUGUAAAUAACCACUGUUCCAAGUUGUGGCAGGAGAAAGCCAGAGGCCCUCUCCUCCCCCACAGAGCCCUGGUGCCAGGGAGGGCCCCCCGCCCUGCCCCCAGGCUCAACUCCUAAUGGUGAUCCUGGGCCUGGCCACCCCAGGGACAAGGGGGGAGGGCGAGGCCGAGCUGACUGGCCGGCCGAGCGGCACGCUGACGCAUGAAGGAGAUUAUGUUGUGCUCUUUUAUUGCCAAAAAUAAAAACUUUGAAAAAGAUG